ACUUCGAAACACACAUGCCAGUGUUCUGAGGGCUACUUGCCUCCAAACUGCAGGGACCGCGCCAGAGGAGAAGCUGUGCCAUUGGUUAAGGGAAAGGGUUUAGUCAUGGAAAGAGGUUCUGCGAAGAAAAGAAAGAACUGGCUCCUGGCUUUCUACAUUGGCUUUCCUGGAGUUAUCAUCGCAGCCAUCGUAGCUGUGACAUGGAACAUUUUCACAACGUGGUUCUCAAAGGAAGAGGAACGCCCAAGUAGCGAAUCCAAAUCGGAAGGCAGCACGCACACCUACACCAGCAGAUCCAGAUCAGAAAGUAUCAGCCAAACAGAUACUAGCAGAUCCAAAUCAGAAGAAAGCACCAACACACAGAACAGUAGUGACUAGGAAUUACUCCAGAAGGCAAUGGACAAAAUCGAAGGUCUCACCGAGAAAUGGAAAUUCCACCCUUUCUCCCCUGGUCACAGCUGAAGGAAACAAUAAACCGAGUGUGGACUGA